GUCGGAACCUUUUCCAUCUCCUCCACCUGCCUCGGCCUUCGCGCACUUUCCGGCGAGGACCUACAGAAAAAAUCGCCGCCAGUCGUCAGGGCAAGUUGUUGUUUUUCAAAACUUUUUAGCUAAUUACUUCGAGCUUGUUCCGUUUUAGCUUUAGUUGAUUUAAGCUCUGGGCCUUUUUUGAUUUGAAUUCAGUGCUUUUGAUUGGGGGAUUCGUGGGUGGGGAGCUCAGCUAGUUUGUUGGCUAUCGAUUUAGGAGCUGUUUUGGGUAUGUGGGUUGUUGUUAAUUAGAAUCAUGGAUGGCGCUGGUAUACGGUUUCUGGAUUUUUGGGGAAGAAGUGAGGCUGAUUAGGUAUGACUGAGGGGAUAAUCUUUGGUGGGGGGAUUUUUGAGCUCUGAUCUCUUACUGGGGUAGGAUUGAAGUUUUGGUUUGGUUUUUUUGGCUGGAGUGUGUUAAAGUUUUCUUUGUUUGUGUUUCUAAUUUGGGAAUAAACUACUUGGAUUUUGAGAAUCUUGAUUUUAUUGAUGGAGGCUAGAUUUGGAGGUGAAGCUCCUCAUUUUUAUGCUAUGAAUCCAUUGGGUUUGCGGGCAGUAGGGAAAAGGACUUCGGAGUGGGAUUUGAAUGAUUGGACAUGGGAUGGGGAUCUUUUCAUUGCUAGCCAGUUAAAUUCAGUGCCUACUGAUAGCAUAGGAAGGCAAUUUUUCCCACCGGUAGCAGGGAUUCCUGUAGUUGGAAAUUCAUCUAAUAGUUCGUCAUCAUGCUCUGAUGAAGUGAAUCUCAGAAGUGAGGUAGGGAAACGUGAAUUGGAGAAGAGGAGGAGGGUUAUUGUAGUUGAAGAUGACAGUCUGAAAGAUGAAGCAGGUAGCCUUACUUUGAAGCUUGGUGGUCACAGUUGUCCAAUGAAUGAAAGAGAGAUGGGGAAUUGGGAAGGAGCAAGCGGGAAAAAGACUAAGUUGGGAGGCGGUACUACAAGUCGUGCAGUUUGUCAGGUGGAGGACUGUGGGGCUGAUCUAAGCAAUGCUAAGGAUUAUCAUAGACGGCAUAAAGUUUGUGAGAUGCAUUCCAAGGCUAGUAAGGCACUUGUUGGAAAUGUCAUGCAGCGUUUCUGUCAGCAAUGUAGCAGGUUUCACAUUCUUCAAGAGUUUGAUGAUGGGAAGAGAAGCUGUCGCAGGCGUUUGGCUGGUCAUAAUAGAAGGAGAAGGAAAACAAAUCCAGAUACAGUUGCUGAUGGAAGUUCAGUAAAGGAUGAUCAGACUAGUGGUUAUCUAUUGAUAAGCCUGUUGAGGAUACUUUCUAACAUGCACUCCAAUAGAUCUGAUCCGGCCACAGAUAAAGAUCUCCUAACUCACCUUUUAAAGAGCCUUGCAAACCAUAAUGGUGAACAUGUGGGAAGAAAUAUAUCUGGGCUUUUGCAAGAACCUCAGGCUUUGCCAAAAGAUGGUUCUUCUGUUGUAAAUUCUCAAGCGAUUUCAGCUUUAUUUUCAAAUGGUCAAGGCUCUCCACAGCCCUUUAAACAACAUCUUGCUAUACCUGAAUCAGAAGUGCCUCAGCAAGCUGGACAUUCCCAUGGUACUAGGGAUAUCGAAGUCGAAAGAAAUGCUGGUGGACAAAUCAAGAUGAAUAACUUUGAUCUUAAUGACACAUAUGUUGACUCUGAUGAUGGCACAGAUGAUAUUGAGAGAUCACCUGUUCCUAUAAAUCUGGCAAGUAGCUCCAAUGAUUACCCUUCAUGGGCACAAGACUCUCAUCAGUCGAGUCCACCUCAGACAAGUAGAAAUUCAGAUUCCGCUUCUGCCCAAUCACCUUCUAGUUCUAGUGGUGAUGCUCAGGUUUCCAUGUUCAACAUUUUAACAUUUUUUUUACCCCAAUCAUUGCAGAGCCGUACAGACAGAAUUGUAUUUAAACUAUUUGGGAAAGAGCCCAAUGAUUUUCCUCUUGUAUUGCGAGAUCAGAUUCUUGACUGGUUAUCUCAUAGUCCAACUGACAUUGAGAGCUACAUCAGGCCUGGAUGUGUUGUUCUGACAGUUUACCUUCGUCAGGCUGAGGCUGCAUGGGAGGAACUCUGCUGUGAUCUGAGUUUCAGUUUGAGUCGACUUGUGGAUUCUACAGAUGAUGCUUUCUGGAGGACUGGAUGGGUUUAUAUUAGGGUGCAACAUCAAAUAGCAUUCAUUUAUAAUGGUCUGGUUGUUUUAGACACAUCCUUACCUCUGCGAAGUAGCAAUUACAGUAAAAUUACAAUGGUCAAACCAAUUGCAAUAUCUGCAAGUCAAAGAGCUCAAUUUUCAGUUGAAGGCAUCAAUCUGUGUCGGCCUGCCACAAAGUUGCUCUGUGCAGUAGAAGGGAAGUACCUGGUUCAGGAAGCUUCUCAUGUGUUGACAGGUGAUAGUGAUAAUAACAAGGAGCAUGAUGAGCUGCAAUGUGUCAACUUGUCUUGCUCUAUCCCAAGAGGGUCUGGGAGGGGAUUUAUUGAGGUUGAGGAUCAUGGAUUCAGCAGCAGUUUCUUCCCUUUCAUUGUUGCCGAGGAAGAUGUUUGUUCAGAGAUCCGCACACUUGAGAAUGUGUUGGAGUUUACUGAAACUGAUGUAGAUGUUGGUGGAACUGGAAAUUUGGAAGCCAAGAAUCAAGCCAUGGACUUCAUUCAUGAAAUUGGUUGGCUUCUUCAUAGAAGUCAACUGAAGUCUAGAUUGGCUCACUUGGAUCCCAACACAGAACUGUUUCCUUUAAGUCGGUUCAAGUGGCUUAUGGAGUUCUCUAUGGACCAUGAGUGGUGUGCUGUUGUGAAAAAACUCUUAAAUAUUCUAUUUGAGGGAACUGUAGGUUCUGGAGAGCAUCCUUCCCCUACCAUUGCUUUGACAGAGAUGGGUAUCCUACACAAAGCUGUAAGGAAAAAUUCUAGACCUCUAGUGGAGCUGCUUUUAAGAUUUACCCCUGGCAGUGUGUCCGACAAAUUAGGAUAUGAACACAAGGUACUAGCUGAUGAUGGGCAUGGCAACUUCUUGUUUAGACCUGAUGUCUCAGGUCCAGCAGGUUUGACACCUCUGCACAUUGCAGCCGGUAAAGAUGGUUCUGAGGAUGUGCUGGAUGCAUUAACUGAUGAUCCCGGAAAGGUGGGCAUUCAAGCAUGGAAGAGUGCUCGUGAUAGCACUGGCUCCACGCCUGAAGAUUAUGCACGUUUACGUGGCCACUACUCAUACAUGCACCUGGUACAGAAGAAAAUCAGCAAGAGACCAGCUGCUGGGCAUGUUGUGGUUGACAUUCCCAGUACCAUCCAAAAUUCCAAUAAAAGCCAGAGACAAUAUAGUGAGUCAACCUCCAGCUUCCAGAUUGGACAUCCUGGAUGCAAGCUUUGCACUCAGAAGCUGACUUAUGGAACGGGAAGCAGGGCAUUAGCUUACAGGCCAGCGAUGGUUUCAAUGGUGGCCAUAGCUGCAGUCUGUGUCUGUGUGGCUUUGCUAUUUAAGAGCUAUCCUGAAGUUAUCUAUGUGUUCCGUCCCUUCAGGUGGGAAAUGUUGGACUACGGAACAAUCUGAAGUCCAUUAAUCCUCCACCGGAUGACAUGUAAUAGUUGUUUGUAUUUGUUUGCGUUUUCAUAGACUGUAAAGUUGAGAUAUCAUGUAUAACCAGCCUGAAGAACUGAGUUUCCAGAUACAGUAAUAUCAACGACAUAUUUAUUUCAUAUUCAUUGUUAUCCAUUAAGUGCAUAGGUAUAUCUUUCCGGGUUGUUUCAUAUGUAGUCAUAAUGUUCCCUGUUCUGAAAUUCUAAUGUAUGAUGUAUCAAUAGAGAAACUACUUUCAA